CGCAGCAGGCGGUCACACAAACUACAAAGUGAUAAACGCAGCAGGUGCUACAGCUUCUUGAGAAAAAUGGCCGGGCAUUGGUUCACUUUCUUCUUUACGUCGCUCUUAGUCUCUGCGAUGGCUGAGGCUUCUCACUGCUCAACCAAGGGAUUACCACUGGUUAGGAAUAUUAGUGAGCUUCCACAAGAUAAUUAUGGAAGGGGAGGUUUUUCCCACGUAACUGUUGCAGGUUCAUUCAUGCAUGGAAUGAAAGAGGUUGAAGUUUGGCUUCAGACAUUUGCCCCACGAUCAGGCACACCAAUCCACAGGCACUCCUGCGAAGAAGUUUUUGUUGUCCUUAAGGGAAGUGGAACUCUGUAUCUUGCAUCAAGUUCACAUGAGAAGCACCCUGGAAAGCCUCAAGAGUUUAGAAUCUAUUCUAAUAGCACAUUUCAUGUCCCUGUAAAUGAUGUUCAUCAGGUAUGGAAUACAAAUGAACAUGAAGAUUUGCAAGUGCUUGCCGUUAUAUCUCGCCCGCCAGCCAAAGUGUUCAUAUAUGAAGACUGGUUCAUGCCUCACACUGCAGCAAGAUUGAAGUUCCCAUACUAUUGGGAUGAGCACUGCUUCGAAGUGCCUCCGAAAGACGAACUUUAGUUUAUAAGCCUUGACUUGUACAUAUUGCCAAAUGCCAAUACAACAGAUUGGCCUUUCUCUGGUUAAAAAAUCUGAUGCUACUGGAUUCCCGAGGAAACAGAAAAUAUUAGUGCUUCCCGUAAUUUCUGAUGUAAUCUUGUCUCAGAAAACUAAAGAGGAUAAUUGUAGAUGUUCAAAGUUUUAUAGAAGAGAGAAGGAUAAUUGUAGCUUAA